UCUUAUAGCAAGUUCCAAAACAACAAAUCCUAUCAUAAUCCUAUUAAAAAUGCGUUUCCUUCAUAUUUCGGGCAUUUUAUUGGUGGGUGCUUGUGGCUUAGUUGCCGGCUAUUAUACCCAUCAUGGUGAUGCUGGUCAUGGUGGUUAUGGUGGUCAAAGCAAGGAAGUUGGCUACGCGGUAGUUACUGAUCAUGGUCAUGCUGGUGGUCAUGGUGGCGGUCAUGAUGGUGGCCACGGUGGUCAUGAUGGUGGACAUGCUGAUGUUCAUUAUGCUGCUGGUUAUUAUGGCGGACACGAUGUUGCUGAUUCUCACUCUAUUAGCCACUAUGGUGGUCAUAGUGAUGGUCACUAUGGUGGUCAUGGUGAUGAUAGUCAUGAUUACUACGCUUAUCCCAAAUAUGACUUCAGUUAUGGCGUUAAGGAUACCAAAACUGGUGACAUCAAAAGUCAUUCGGAAUCUCGGGAUGGUGGUAAUGUCAAGGGCAGCUAUAGCCUUAAGGAAGCUGAUGGUACUACCCGCGUUGUAGAAUAUUCUGCCGAUAAACACAAAGGUUUCAAUGCUGUUGUUCAUACUUUGGGUCAUGCUAAUGGUGGUCAUGAUGCUGGUCACUACUAUGGUCACGAUGAUCAUUAUGGUCAUGGUUAUGGUCAUGGUUAUGGUCAUGCUUCGAGUUAUAUUUAUGUCCAGAAACAGGAGGGCAAGAAACAUUAA